AUGCAAAUGUACGACCAAAUUCUCCACCACGCGAUUCCCCUGGCGCGUGACCGAUACGGCAGCAUCAAGCUCAGAGCAAUCAUAAGCGACGAUGACUUUGCAUACUGCACAAACCGCCUCCUCGGUGUAGUCGCUUUCAACGCUCUCUUGCUAAGCUACGAUGCUUACGGGAACUUUGUGGUCCAGCACGUGCUUAACCUGAAUAACUUGCGCUGCACGUAUGACAUUGCGGUUAGCCUCCGUGGCCAUUACGUUGAGCUUUCAUGUACGCAUGGUGGAAGAUACAUCGUGGAAAAGCUUCUGGAGAAGCAGGAGACGGGGGUUUUGGUGGUGGCAGAGCUUUUGGAGUGCGAAAGGGACAAGUUGUUGAGGCUGGCGAGGAGUGUGUACGGCAAUUUCGUGGUGGUCACGGCACUGAAAGUCACGCGGGAAGAUUUGUUUAGGGGUUUAGUGAAUAAGCUCAAGCCUCUUCUCCCUCUAUUUAGGUCUCAUCAAAGCAUCACCAUUGCAGAGAUAUUGGAGUCGGUACCUUAA